AUGUGCGAUAUAGGACCCGACCGCUAUGUCCCCGGCUCCCCCAUCUUCCGCGACGCCAGCAGCCCAACGCCCCACGCCGCCCUCGCGGGGCCUAUAACAUCACCGCCCACCUCAGCCUCCUCCUCCUCGCCUUGCCCCUCCCCCUCUCCCUCCACCAGCACUGCCACCGCCUUCGCCGCCAGCACCGCCGCCCGUAGCACCGCCAACAGCACCAACGCACCAGGAGCAGGAGGAUCAACAGCGUCCAAGAGCCGAGGAGCCAGAGCCAUGACGGCAUCUCUUGCUCAUGCCGCACAGGGUAACCACAACAGCAAUAGCAACAGCAGACCCAACUCCAACUCCAAUUCGAACUCCGGAAAGCCCAAGCCACCGGCUGGUUAUAUGAGUACCAGAUCAGCGGCAAUGAUGGCCCUGGCUUUGGGUCAAACUUCAAGCGGAAGAAGCGACAAGUCCCCGCCAGCCAACCGUGCUGCUUCUCCGGCUCAAUCUCAAUCUCAAUCCCAAUCGCAGUCUCCGCAUCCUGCUGCCAGAAGGAUGUCGAAUGCCUCUUCUCUACCCUGCAAUGUCUCCAGAUCGAAGCCUUCAACUCCAACAGCGUCCAGAGCAGCUGCUCAGCUUAAUGGUUCCAGUGUCUUCUCCGGCGGAAGCAACUCCAGUGGCUCCGACAACGAUGGCUUCAGCACGUCCGGCUCUUCGGCCGCCACAGCUCUCCGGCGGUUGUACUUCAAGAGCGGACGCAGCAUCAAGAACAAGAUCAAUGCCUCAACUUCUUCUGCAACUCCUCUCAAUGGCCUACCCCUGAAUCCCGUGUCCAGUGCUUAUCACAACUCCGUUGCCGGGCCCAUUCACAAUAUGACGACUGCAGGUGGAGUUCCAAAGCUGGUGGUCAUGGGUACCUCGUCCGCCUCCAUACCGGAUACCACCAUCAACACGUCCACGGACUCGGCCUGCACUCUGAUCACGAAUGUGACACACACGGAUACCUCCGAGACGUGCGACUCCCUGGACCUGGGUGACAACUCCGGUCCCAGUGAGCCGCUUUUCAGUUCGCUGGAGGAGCCACUACUCACCGCCGUCCAUAUCGAUUCGGAGCACGAGGGCUUUGGAGGAAUGGGAGGCGCCAGUGGACGCGUUGCCACUGAGCUGGAACUAACGAGCUGUUCAAGGUAUCCGCCCAGGCCCGACAUGAAUCUCCAGGACAGCGUCGAGAGCCAGGAGUCAUGUUUGUCCAUCCUGACCGGCGAGCCGUCUUCCACCACACCACUUCUCUCCUCGCAGCGGCGCCACCCGGCGGGCGGUCACUCGCCAGGCAGCCAGCGGGAUGAGCGUAGGGAGCGCAAGGAACGAGAGCCCAGCACGGCUCCACCGCCCACUCGAGUCCGGGAGCACUUCACCUUCGAUCCCCCGCAGUCACCAAAGUCGGCGCGCAGCAGCGAAAAGUCCGCCAGCCACUUUUCCUUCAAGAACUAUGGUAAUGAGUCGGGAAAGGAGGCGGGAGUGGGCUUGGGAGCAGGAUCUGGAGCAGGAGGAGGAGGAGGACCUGGAUCCGGGGCUGGGGGCAAUGGAGGCGUGGCUGCCAGCGAGGGCGAUGAGGAGGAUGACGAGCGCAGUGGAGAUAGCGUUAGCAAUCGCAGCAAGAAGCUGCGUCCCCGGGAGCGUGACCCCAACCACAUCUCGCCCAGUGUGUCGCCGUCACACAGUCGCCGUGCAAGUCCGAAGCGGGAGAAGCGCAGGACGACGCCCAUAGCCUCCACGGGUGCCAUAGCCAAGGUCAGCUCGGCGCCGCCCACAAUGAAGGACGUGAAUUUCUUCGGGAGCUCAGGGAAGCAAAAGCAGAGGCAAUCCCAAAAUGUUCCACCCCAUCAGCUGUCUCCAUCCUCCCAGCAGAGGAAGUACUCUUCCAGUUCAUCGAGUGGAAGCAGUGAGCGCUGCUUGAGAGAAGCCACCGGACCCGGAACCAUGUUCCCCUUCGAUCGGGAGGCUUUGGACUACGAGCGCAUCCAGAGGGAGUGCUUUGCCCCGAGCUCCACGACGGCCAGCAACAGCAGUGAUUCGGAGGCGGAAAACUGUUCCGUGUAUGAACGGAAAUCUGGGGCAGACAUUUUCCAGCAGUACUCGCGGUUGAGCCACCAGGAGCAACUGCAGCAGCAUUACCAAGAGCAGCGAGACUGGGAGCGGGAUCGUCCGCCCUCGCGUAAGAAUUCCAAGCGUAUCCGGCCGGAUUCGGUGAUCCAUACGACCAUUCGGGAGAAUCAGCAGUAUGUGCCGCAGUCGGAUGCCUUCUAUCCCCAGGCCAAGUCCUCCUCUUCGCCCAGCGAUCAUUCCUAUGCCGAACUGAACAAGUUCGAGGACAUUGCCAGUAAGUUUGAGCAGAUCCCGCCCAAGCUCGGCUCCGGCUCCGGAUCGGUGUCCGGAUCCCUGUUGAAUCUGCAUCACAUGAUGCCCAGUCCGGGCAGCGAGUCCGCCGUCAGUCCCACGGACUCCUCUCGCCGGAGAUCCUUCAAGAGCAAGCAGCGGCAUCAGAAGGAGGAGCACUUCUACAUCCAGACGGAGGAUCGAAACAGCGCAGGCAGUGCCAGUGGCAACGGACCCAUCAACGUGACCGCCAAUCCCCUGGAGGCAGCCGCCGUCUGCAAACAGCCACGCGCCACCAUCGUCGUCCAGCAGUUAAAUUCCAUUUACAAGUCUAUAAAUCCGGUGAAGCAGUGA